CUCGCGUUCCGGAGCGCGGUCGUUGGUUCGUCGUGCCUCAGUCGUGAUAUACCGAGGAAAGAUGGCGGCUGGUUGUUGUGGAACGAAGAAGCAGAAGCUGAACAACUCCUCGAGCAUCUCGUGCAAUGGAUCGGCGAUAUUGACGAACGGCACGCAAAUGCGCAACGGCUUGAUCGUCCAACCCGAGAUGGGCUUCUUCUGCUUCGACGUCUUGUACUGCCAACUGCACCAGCUCGACCCUCCAAAAACGCCCAACUUCAGCAACGAUGCAUUUCCACUAUUUGUAACAUGGGAAAUCGGAAAAGACAUGCGACUGCGAGGUUGCAUCGGAACAUUUAAUGCAAUGCAUUUACAUGCAGGUCUUCGUGAAUAUGCAACAACUAGCGCAUUCAAGGACUCGCGUUUUAAUCCUAUAACACGGGAUGAGCUUCCUCGGUUACACGUCAGCGUAUCCAUACUUCGCCACUUUGAAGAUGGAGUAGAUUACUUAGAUUGGGAAAUAGGAGUACAUGGAAUUCGUAUCGAGUUUCAUAAUGAAAAGGGUAACAAACGGACAGCCACGUAUUUACCCGAAGUUGCAACAGAGCAAGGUUGGGACCAGACGCAAACGAUUGAUUCGCUGCUUCGAAAGGGUGGAUACAAGGGGCUAGUUACUCAAGAUAUAAGACGGAGUGUCAAGUUGACAAGAUACCAAAGCGAAAAAAUCACUGUAAGCUAUCAAGAGUACAUGAACAAUUGGCAUACUCGAAGAUGCUAGCAGAUGGCCUGGGGCCCACCUCAAGGGCCCCAACCUCAUCAGUCCACAAAUACUGUUCGAUACAACAACUCCGAACCUAUGAGCAUGUCGUCUCAUUCCCGGUGUAAUGGAGUUGUUGGUAUGCAUCGAAACAGUUCCGUGGCCAGUCAGCAGCACACCUUAGUUAUGGUACAACCAAACCAUCCAUCGUUCAUACAUCUACUUCCUUUACCUUCAAUAUCCCCUGUGAUGGUUCCUGUACAAGACUAUCCACCAUUCUGGUGGGAUCGACCAGGCCCCGCGUUUCCACCUACCCACUCGCACACUCGUCUUCAUCGGUUCCAGACCCAGGAGACAAUGGAGCGUGGGGUGCGUAAGCGUAAAUGACGUUGGAGGCGAUUCUUAAUUGCGAGCUUUCACUCUUUGAAAUGGUGCCUAUUAUACUUUGUAUGUUUCAGUAUACACAGUCUCCCCCUUAUGAUACCGUAUAGUCCUCCCUAAGGAUGACCAAGUGCAUCCGGAAUGACAACCAUAUUCUUCGGUUUCUUAGAUUUAUCCAGAUUACUGUUUGUGACUAUUUUCAACUUAUAAGUGUAAACACUGGAAAAGUUUUUGCGACUGGAACUCGGCAGAAAGCUCUGCGGUGAUACUGUUUUUACUGUUUGACGUUACGAAAUAACAGGACAGUGAUCACCAAAGUAGUGAGGUUUUAUUUUCUUUUCCUUUUUUAAAAAAAAAAGAUUUUAGUUUUUUAAUUACGUUAUCGAAAUGAAACAGAUUCUUCGUAUUUGCACUUCAUGCUGUGUCACUUAAAUGAUGUGCCGCUAAAUGCAUAUAUUUCUGGUUAAAUGUAGCAAUUAAAAGUUAACACAUGUAUAAAAUGCAGUGCUACUCGAACUUUAAACAUAAUUGUGAUCUUUAGGACAACAUUAAAUGUUGAGCAAUGGUGAAUCUUUUUUCAUUUUAUUUAAAUGAAAAAAAUUGUAAAGUACUCCAAUAUAUUGAAAAUAAUCAAUAGUUUCUGGAUAACCACUCUAAGACUUUAUUUUAACGAUUUAAUCUUCGCUGUUUAAUUAUUUGUAAUUUUGAUAGUAUCGGUGUUAUUAUAGCCAAUAUCUAAUGGUCAACUGUCACUGCUUUUAUGUACUCAAUUUUUGCAUAAAUAAUCUUUUAUUAAGUUAAUAUUACGUUUGAGAUGCAUAGCCGAGUCGUGAAAUGAAACAACUUUUUUCUGAUUGUUUGUAACGGUUUGGUUACUCCUUAAAAAUAAUUUUAAGCAGUGAUAUUGACACAUCAAAAGAAUGCUGGAUUAUAAGACUUUGAAGAGGGAAAGCUAGAAAAUUAUGUAUACGUGGAAGCACCGUUGUUCCCUCGCUUCAACUUCUAAACAAAGUUGUGUUGACGCAUUCUUUAGACUGCGACAUAUUCGUGCGCACUAUUUUUACAUAAGUAUAUGCAAAAAGUCGGGUUACGCAAUUUAUCCACGAUUACAACAUUAAAAGAGUAAUCAUUAUUCAUCGUUUUCAAAUUAAUCUAGCAAAAUAUCGUUGAAUUUUAAUCCAUUGUUGAGUUUUUUUUCCAUAUUCUCGGAAGUUCAGGAGUAACGAUGAUUAUAUCGAUAAUAGCAUCGAAUUUCUUUGUACUAAUGGUAUAAAUAAAAAACAUUUGUUCCGUUUAACCAGAAAUUCUUCUUUGAAACAGCUCGCCAUUUUAUGACGUGUAAUAUAAAAGUUCAAACACUGUGUAGUUAAUGUAAAUACAACGUGUAUAAAUUGUCUAGCGCGUAUCUCUAGUUUAUACCAUUGCUACAUCGAAGUUUUUGUACUUCAGUAAUCAUAGUUGUAUCAUAGUCCUACGUUUUAUUACAAAAAAGGCUUGUAAGAGUUAUGCUAUGCAUACUACGAGGACUUUCAUUUGUAACACUUAGUUUUGCUAUUACGAAAGUAAUACAACAUUAUCCGGAGAGUCCUUUCAUGUUUCGCCCUUACCAGGGCUGUCAUAUUAUCACUUUCGUGGCUGUCGAACGGAUCAGAAAAUGAUCCAAUUAAGACGCUUCCCAGGCAGAAAGAGUGUAAAUGCAACUAAAAAUACUGUACAUAAGCAACUGACUGCAUUGUAACUAAUACUAAUACAUUAAUUAUCAUUAAUUUAGGUUUAAGCUACUAACAAAGAUGACGAUCUCAUUGUGAUUCUGAUCGCUACGCGAUUCGUGAUCGUGUCAUGAAUCAUGUACAAUAUAGCUGCAUCGAAUAUAUAAAGCACACAUCAAUAUCCUAUCGGAGUACAAGGCAUAGCAGUCCCUCCUCUACAUUGCGAGUAGAGGUGUGGGUCGUCAGCGUAUAUUGCAAACAACAAAUCGAAUACACUACGCGCCAUAUGUGAUGACAGACGAGAAUGUUCUGCCGAGAACGUUGAAAGACGGAAUUUAUUCAGAACACAUUCAAUAAAUGUUCCUAAUCAUUUUGGGAAUAUUGCCCUUAAUUGCGACAAACAUUGUGUUACAUUUCAAAUGUGUAAUUGCACGCAUACAUGUCAAUACUGCAGACGCACCACCCCGUUGUGUUGCACAAUGUCUGUGGAUAAAAUUUACCAAGACGAUAAAUAUUUUCAAAUCUUACUACAUUAUCGUACUUAUGUGGGUAUUAAUUCAUUUCCCGACAUUUGCGUGUAGCAGUUUGACAUUUUACAGUAUUCUUAUUGCCAAUAUUUCUGAACAUUAUCGACAUUAUCUGAAUAUUUUACCAAUUCAUUCUCGAUUGUUUUAUAUCACAUGCGCGAUCCAUGACAUCCAACAGAUAACUAUUACUCAAAAUCGUGGUAUUCUAUUUUUUUUUUCAUUUUUCCAUUGAGAAAACAUGGAUCAUAGGUGACCUGACAAAUUAUUUUGUGGAUGUGAGAGUCAUUGUAUCUGGAUGGCGGAAACGAUGUAUCUUUACGGUUCUAAACACGUACGUUAAUACGUGUUAUGAAAUGUUUAAAUGUUGACAAAAACUAUUGUGCAUUAUCGCUUUGCGAGUGACCUUGCUGUGUUUAAUAGGAACAUGUAGGGAACAAUCGCGGUGACAUUCGGUUAACUGUAAAAAAUCUGAAACCAUUUUUCUCUUAAAAAAUAGUUUUACUCCAAUGUUUUUUACCACUGGUUAAAAAAAGGAUAGACAUUAUUGAGAAGGAAUCGAGCUUUAUUAACCUGUGUAUUAAUGACCUUAUGUAUUGGAGGCCAGAACAUAGAAACCGGGCAGCUGAAAUUAGCCGAAAUUUAUUAGGCAAUUAUUUUCCUUACACCUCGUUUUACUGCAAAUAUCGGAUGACUACAGCUGUAUUUUAGCGCACGGAAAAUGCAAGCCAGAGUGACUGUAAUCGUACUUAACACUAUGAAAUCGAGUACCACAAUUCCCUCAAUCUUUCACUUCAAAGAAUACGCCGUUUCUUUUUAUUAUAACGAAUAAUAAACAGGAAAUUAUUUAAUAGUUAAAACGAGUUCAUCAGAGAAGUCAUAAGCGCAGUUAAAUGUAGUCUUCUUUCCGAAUUUCGAUGAGAUGUCCAAUUAAUUGCUUACCUUGUAAGCCAGGAACUGUGGAGAAAUGAAGUUAUGAAACAAGUAUAAAUUUGUACUACACCUGAGCCGUGAAGAAUAGCUAAGCUAAGUGUUGCCAGAGCUUCGGCAUUGAUAUAGAAAGUGACGUCCGCCCCAGUGUUACGGCUUAUAGGCCUAUCAGCUGUUCGGCAACUAACAUUUAUUCGUGACUCAUGGCAGGCUCUGAAUGUUUAGCUAUAGAAACGUGUUAGUCUAUCUUUUCUCAUUGCUGAUAUUUCCCCAUUUUGCCAUCGGUAGGAUUUGCAUAGGGUAGGCAAUUUAGUGAAGUAACUUUGUCAGAGCGAGGGAUUCGGUGCAGUGAGAAAAGCUAGGAUGGUCCACCCAUCGAUACGGUCGACCGUUAGCCGUAAUUAGCGAGGCGUAAUUAUAUAUAUCUCUACGUGAUCAAGCCUUGUUAUUACUGGAGCAAUGUUUUCGGCAGAAUCUCGGCAAGGAAUUUCCGACGUUUUCCUUCGCGUUUUGGUGCCGUUGCUUCUCUUAGGCUCUUCAGCUAACGGCAGCUGAUUCUGCUCACUGCCAAUUUAUCCAUCGUUAGAAUUAUUACGUACUUCAGAGCUUGCUGAGAUUCAAGUUCGUGUUGUUACAAUUUGUUAAUUGAUAUUUAGUACUCAAUGUUAUUACGUAUACUAAUUAAUAUCCUGCGAUUACGUAGUCCGCCCUUGAGGCCUCGUGCUCGAGCCUCCGCACGUUGUCUAAUAACUGCCAGAAAUAUACCUAGCUUUAGAAGUCCAACUGUUUUCAGUGUAAAUUUCAUAGCACACGCUGAACUUGUACCGACUCCUUAUUGAUGAUGUGCGAAAUAUUGUCAUGAGAGGGUCGAGUAUAUGCUAUGGGAUCUGUGCACUUUUUAAGUCUCGGUGAUUUUUCAAAUUCCGAUUUUCCUCGUCGCACUAAAGGACUUAUUACGUGAAUACAUUUCUUCCGUUUAAACUCUGAGUUUGAAAUUACGGUGAACUAUAAAAACGAUAUCAUUUUCACUGAUAGAAGAUAGUCAAUCCAUUAGUGGUGUUGCAACUGUUAUCGCUGUAAAUUGUCAGUGUUUUUAAUUAUAAAUCGAUAUGACUUAAAGGCGCAUUAACAUUGUAACACUAAUGUACUAAUAGGUUGUUGCAAAAGUAUUAUUCGAUUUUUACCUUAGCUCGAGGUCGGGAAAUCGUAUCUUACUAUUGCUACAAUUUGAUAAAAUUGUAAGGAGCGCCUAAGAAGGAAUUGUGACGCCGCAUAUCCGUUCGACUUGCCGUUUCACGAGUCCUUUUUAAGAAGAUUCGCGAAAAGGUAGUUCUGCGUUGAAUUUUGCAACAAAAAUUCUAGUACACUUUCGCUAUAUGAAAGUCAUAUUUACUCGUUCUAUUUGUUGUGCAAAAUAAUACAAGGAAUUACCAUGUUAUCAUUACAUAUAUUGUCUUUUACAUUAAAAGGGCUUUACCGAACGAAGAAAUGACGUACAUUGACACUUGACAUACGCAGGGAUAUCCUAGACAUGAGCGUUCUGCCCAUUGAUGAAUUCCUCUGUAUUAUGUGGUCUUCGAUCACAUUUGUUCAGCAUAAAAGACAUUAAUAUCCAUAAUGGAUUAGAGAAAUAUCGGUGCAUCUUUGAAUGAAAAGAUUCAACUAUAGUGAAAUUUCUGGCGCACAGAAUUUUAUCGAGUCACAAAUCGCUUAGAUAAUUUAGUUCGUUUCAUUGUUAACGUAAAAAUCUUAGUCAUAUCUGCUGAAAAUUGCGAUAUUCGGAAUGCCCAGAGGAAGUAGGAUUUCGUCAUUGGUUUCAAUUUCCGAAUAUCGAACGACGUCUGUGUUGUUUAACCCUUCAAAUGUUGGCUACACGAAAGGAGAUAAAGAAUGGAAACAUUAGACGGUUUAGGCGUUAAAAAUGUAUUUCAUGGUCAGCGCGUUUUGCACAUAAAUGUGUAACGUGUCCUUCCUCGGAAUACUAUUUUGAUACAUUUAAAAAAGUAUUGAAAUAUUUAAUAUUUCGAUUUUUUGGUUCUUUGGAAUAGCUCACACUUAGCUCAAUUUCUUUUAUAAUUAAUUAAAAAAUCGGUUUCAUUGUGCGCUCAAUUGAAGAGCUCCUUCGAGGUCAUGCUUAAUUAAAAGAUACUACUGUAUUUCAUUAAUCAGAACCAGAUUAGCGUGACAUAAAUUUUAUGACUGGUACUUUACAUAUAUACUGUAUUCCGAAAAUCUUAUAUACUGAAUCGAUAUCACCGAUCUCGUUACGAAUAACCGUAUGCAAAUUGGUGGUCGGGUUAAGUUAAAGAACACUAAAACGUGAUAAAUUAUACCAUCCGCAAAUUUUCAACAGCAUUAACAGCUUCACGAUAUACACGUAUAAAGAAGAAAAUUAUGGAAAUUGAACUAGAAAAGUUUACUGAAAUAACAAAUCAUAUUGUGCCUAGAUGCGUGGUUUACAUUUGAUUAUAAAUUGAUUGUAAGGAGAACUCGUUGAUACCCGUAGUGAGUAGAAGGAAAUGAAAAGUCGCAAAUUUUGGCAAAUUAAAUAAAUAUCAAUUAGUACUACCAGCUUACAACAGUGGGGUGAAGGAAUAAAAUGAAUUUUAUAUUACCACAUAGCGUAUCUUAUUGAGACCAUAUUCAUAAUUCCGUACUUCAUAUACUCUCAAUUUUUAUCGGUUUUUGAAUUUUUGUUCCGUUGAUCAUGACAUACCAUUUCAUAUAAGUUCACUCAGUACUUUUUAUUUCUUAUUUGACAGCUAUUUAAAAUGUUGCUCAUAGUUGAUAUAUUUCAUAAUUUUUAUAUACUGAGGGAUGUUUUAUUCUUUAAGCACUAUAAUAAACUAUUAUUGACA